AUGAAGUUCUUCGUCACCGCAGCUGCCUUGGUUUCCCUCGUCCCCGCCAUUCUCGCCGCGACUAUCAACACCCCGACUAAUGUCGUCGAGUGCGAGCCCAUCCAGUUCACCUGGACUGGCGGCCAGGCUCCCUACUACCUCUCGCUCAUCCCCGCCGGUCAGCCCAGCGCCAACCCUCUCAAGACCUUCCCCUCGCAGACGGGCACCUCGUACUCCUGGACUGUUGAUCUCCAGUCUGGUACUGCCUUGAGCGCCGCGCUCAAGGAUUCCACUGGUGCCAUUGCCUACUCUGACAAGUUCUCUGUCAUGGCCGGCACUUCGACUAGCUGCGCCAACACCACUGUCAGCGAGGGUGGCGGAUCUGGCUCGUCCUCUGGUGGUUCGUCCGGCGGCUCUUCUGGCAGCUCGGGUGGUUCCUCUACCUCGGGCUCUGGCUCCAGCCCCUCUGGCAGCUCGUGA